AUUGGCUAAUUUAUAUUAAUAAAAGUCAAUCACCUUUACGAAUGAAGGAAACGAAGGUAAAACUCUGUCGAAAUACCAAGCUAUAAAGUCACGCGUGAUAAACGUGGGAAGCAUUAAGUGACGACGCUGCCAGCUCACUGUUUUCUGUCCGACACCCGGGGGCGGUAGCACAUAACGUUUAACUUUAAUCCAUCCCGCCAAAUUAAACUUGCAUAUAGAUAUCUAAACUUAAUGCAUGCAUUUAUUUACAGUAAGGGUAGUCUACAUUUAGGCACUUCCCCAGCAGCAUUUUUUUUCUUUAAUUAUUCAGCGGCCACCUUGCAGUAUUUAUUUACGUUAGGUGAGAAUGAGACACGCCUUAUUUACAUGUGGAAAGUUGAAACAGGAAGCUUGCCUUUGUACUGCCUGCCUGUCGGUUGCGGCUCUGCUUCAGACCUCGCUGACAGUCCUCGUACCCCCUCCCCCCCCCAAAACACACUCGAUCUUGGGAUCUCCUCACUAUCUCGCAGCCCCGUUUGACUCCGCGUGUGAAUCUCCGCAGACUCUCUCGGAAUAAUAUUUUUAAAUAGAUCUUUCUUGCAUUUAAAUCGCGUCUAAACCUGGGAAAUAAGACCGAUGACCUCAGUUUACGAAGACAAGGACCCUAACGCUUUAGGGUUAGCGGAGGAGCUCAGCCAAGUCAGCUGCCAAGAUGAGCUGGACUUCGCUUACCUGUUUGAGUACGAUCCGCCCUGCGUCGAUUUUACCGGAGAGCAAGAUGAGCCGUCUCUGCCCCCCCAAGCCCUCAGCUCCCCUUCCAGCGUGGCCUACCCCCUGGAGGAGGUCGCCUAUGACAUCAAGUCCUGCAGCCACUCCCCCUACGGUGACCCCACCUCGGACGGCCUCGUGGGCUGUGAGCACCACGAGAACCGGGCCUACCUGGGCCUUUCCAGGCCCGCGGGCCUCGCGCUGAGCCCCAGGAUAGAGAUCACCCCCUCCCGCGAGCACUACAACCAUGGCAGGGACUCCCUCCAAGCCCACCCAGUCAACAUCAGCCCCCGGCCCACUCUGACCGUCCCCGGUCACGAGUGCCUGGCCUACAGGGAACCCCAGUGCCUGAGUCCGGCCAGCAGCAAUUCCUCUACCAGCUGGCACUCCGAGAGCUUCUCUCCUUGGGCGUCCCCCUGUGUCUCUCCCAGCGGUGGCCACACGGCUGGAGACCUGUGCCCACGUCUGCAGAACAUCCAUACAGGCUCCCCCCGCACCUCCCCUGGCACGUCCCCACGCACCAGCAUCACGGAGGACAGCUGCCAGGGGCCGCGGUCGCCCUCCCCGCGGCCAGGAUCGCGCUCCACCUCCCCUCAGGGCAAGCGCACCUACGAAAUGUACAAGAACCCCAGCCUCUUCCCUGGGCCGCGCUCACGCAGUCCGUCCCCCCACGGCGGCCACGAGGACCCCAACGGUGUGCUUUACAGCCACUCGGGCGCCCUGGUGGAUGGCCUGAAUGGUUUCAACCCGGCACUUUCCGGAUCCAAUCCCGCUAAGAUCAUCAAGACCUCCAAUGCCACCUUUUACCGGGAGAGCCAGCCGGAGCCGUACCUGGUGCCCCCGGAUCUGGACAUGAAGACCCAGUCCGGAGCCGAGCCUUUCUUUGUCAUCCCUCCCAUGUGGCCCAAUCAUGUGAUGCCCGGUAUCUGCAGGAUUCCUGUGGCCUCCCUGCCGCCUCUGGAGUGGCCACUGCCCACCUGCACAGACCAGUAUGAGCUGCGCAUCGAGAUGCAGCCCAAGCAGCAUCACCGCGCCCACUACGAGACCGAGGGCAGCCGGGGGGCGGUGAAGGCCCCAACCGGGGGCCAUCCUGUGGUCCAGCUCCAUGGGUACAAGGGCAAGGAGCCUCUGGGCCUGCAGAUCUUCAUCGGCACGGCGGACGAGCGCAUCCUGAAGCCGCACGCCUUCUACCAGGUCCACCGCAUCACCGGCAAGACCGUCACCACCACCAGCUACGAGAAGGUCAUCAACAGCACCAAGGUUUUGGAGAUCCCCCUGGAGCCGAAGAACAACAUGAGGGCCAUGAUUGACUGCGCAGGCAUCCUGAAGCUGCGCAAUGCCGACAUCGAGCUGCGGAAGGGGGAGACGGACAUCGGGAGGAAGAACACGCGUGUGCGCCUGGUGUUCCGCGUGCACAUCCCACAGCCGGGGGGGCAGCACGUGUCCCUGCAGGCAGCGUCACACGCCAUCGAGUGCUCUCAGCGCUCGGCCCAUGAGCUGCCCAUGGUGGAGACACAGGACACAGACAACUGUUCGGUGCUGGGUGGACAACAGAUGAUCCUCUCCGGGCAGAAUUUCACCGCCGACUCCAAGGUAGUCUUCAUCGAGAAGACGCACGAUGGGCAGCAGAUCUGGGAGGUGGAGGCGACAGUCGACAAGGAUAAGAGCCAAGCUAACAUGCUGUUUGUGGAGAUCCCACCGUAUCGAGACCGGUCCGUCUGCCACGCGGCCAAAGUGAACUUCUACGUGAUCAACGGGAAGAGGAAACGGAGCCAACCGCAGCAUUUCACUUACACACCCCUGGCAGUGCCGUCCAUCAAAACGGAGCCCGUGGACGAGUAUGAGUCGGGCUCUUUGGGGUUCGUCUUGCCUCAAGCCCUUGGCAUGUCGCCCCAGUCCUUCUAUUCCAGCCCCCGCGGCCUGAUCCACACCGACAACUGCCUGGUGUCCUGCCAGCAGGGGCGUUCAAGCCUGCCAGGCCCCGACUCGCGCUACCAGCAGCAGAGCCCGGCCAUCGUGUACCCGCGUGGGGCCAAAGGGCUAAGCGGGAGCCCGGCGCUCUACCAGCAGCCACCAGGCGGGGGCGUGCCGGAUCCCCACAGAUCCGUGCUGGUGCACACCGGCUCCCCAGCCCAGCCGCCCACCAUGGGCGCCCCGCCUCACGGCUCCCCGUCUUCUCAGCCCUCCUCCAUCAUCCAGUUCUCCCCCACCAACCACCUGCUGCGGGGGGGCGCCCCGCCCCCGACGGAGCCGCAGCCAAUCCUGUACUGCGAGGGCUACCCCCAGGGCGUCACUGCCACCGCCCGCUCACCUGCCCCGGCGCAGGUGGCCAACGCCCAGCAGUAUCCCACUGUCAUCCAACAGCAGCCCUACGUGCAGAAGAUGACCAAGAACCGGGCCUCACCAGGCCAGAUGGAGCCCCAGCGCUGCUCCCCGUCUGAGGAGCAGAGGCCCAGCAUUCCAGGGCGGGUCACCGUCAAGCAGGAGAAUCUGGACCAAGCGUACCUGGAUGAUGUUAACGAGAUCAUACGGAAGGACCUGACAGGGAUCCAUGGCCGGGCUCAGACAUAGAGGAUGGGUGUCUCCAGGAUCUCUGGACUUGCUCCUGGGGAUCAGCCUGGGUCUCCUGGACACCCCCUUGCUCGCUUCCAGGUUCUGGCUACCAAACGUGCCUCCCCCCCCUCCACCAACCCACCCGCCCGCAUAGACGAGGCAGCAGCGCCUGUCGUCUUCUUUCCAGCCUCUCGUCUAUGUUCUUGCUCGGCUUCAACUCCCACCCCAUAUGGUGACCUGGAACCUUCUGGAGCAAAAACUGCAGCUCUCAAACACGCCAAAGAUCUCCCCCCCCCCCCCCCCACAAAGAGCUCUGGCGAAUUCCUGUCGGUCGCAGACCUGCGCAGCCAGGACUUCGGCACCUAUACUUGUCCGAAGCAAAGAGAAGAAGAUGUCAUAGAUGUCCCCUGUGACAUCACUCAUCCUGGCUCUCUGCUGUGACAUCACUCAUCCUGGCUCUCUGCUUUGACAUCACUCAUCGUGGCUCUCGGCUGUGACAUCACUCAUCCUGGCUCUCGGCUGUGACAUCACUCAUCCUGGCUCUCGGCUGUGACAUCACUCAUCCUGGCUCUCGGCUGUGACAUCACUCAUCCUGGCUCUCGGCUGUGACAUCACUCAUCCUGGCUCUCUGUUAGACACUCUACUUACCGGAGAAUACAGUGACUUACCACCUGGGCAAUAAUAAGCAUACCUCUCAGACAUGCUUUUACCAAGUUCAGCCAGUGCUGAUUUAUAUAGUUACACAGAAACUGAGAAUGACAUUUGCAUUAUGUGGGCUACUCUGACUGCCUGAAGAGCACCAAAACCGUAUCCCAAAAAAAAACACCAAAGAAAUUUAGAAAUAGGGUUAUUUUAUAUUUGUGUCAUUCGGUGUCAGAGGUCACAAGGAAUUAUUCAUACCCAGUGUCCAAGGACUUGUUUUGGUUAAUCAAAGCACAUAAAAUGAGAGGCCACCGACUGAUCCAUCCUCCACAGAACCAAAUUCAAGAAUCUCACAUCGGCCACCGUGUUUCAGUGUCUGGAGAAAGCCAUUUACACUAGUACUUCCACCUCUAUGGAGGAACUGUCUGGAGCAAUCCAUUCUGCUUCUGCAAUCUUGUUUACAUUUUAACAUCGAAAUACUUUUUGCCUUUUUUUUUGGUCUCUUCUGUAGAGCUCCCAUGAUUCAUUUGAAGCGGCCCACAUACAUUCGAGUCGAUUUACCGAAGAAAAUCACUUUAUUGUGUUAGGAGUCUGGUAUUUCCUCCAGUCAGCAGUGGGUUUCACACCAAUGUUUAGUUCAGGGAGUGAUUCCGUGAUUUAAGUGAUUGAUGCGAGUACUUAACAGGGACAAAAUAUAUUUUUAAUGUCACGCUUCCAGUAUAACUGGGUCAGCUUGGUCGACUCAACAGUUUGCCUCACUGACAAUAUCCUGCAUUGAAAAACCAACCUGUAGAGUCUAGCUUGAAUUUCUUGCUUUUAGCUCAACUCCACCCGAGUCCUAUUGCAAGAAUUUACCGAAUCUUCGUUUGUAAAGUGGUUACAUUUCUAAUCACGUCCCACAAUAUUUUAUGCCGUCAGUAUGUAGUGCAAGUAGGUUUUUUUACAUUUAAUAUUUACCAACAGUGACUAUAUAAUAUACCCGACCUAUGUUACAUAUAUUAUCAGCUAUAAAUAAAUCUCUAUUAGCCAAACGCAGUUCUCUUUACAGUGCUGUACAAAAUAAAGCUAAAUUUUAUUUAAUGGCUCUAUACUGGAAAUAACCUUUAUUGCACAUUGAAUUUUAUAAUAUACAAUGUGGUUUUUACUAUAUUAGAUACACCAAAUGAAGAAUGUUGGGCCUUUUUAAUGCUUUGCUUUUGAGUAAGGACUACCAAAGAUUGUAAAACGUGUUAUACCUUAAUUUAUUUCUAACCAUUGUAAACUUUGUUUCAGACAUAGAUCUGAAACGUGUUUGGAAACUUCUAUGCACAUCAUGUAUGUCUUGUAUCUGUAGUGUUUCACAUCCCUGCACCGUAUCUCAUUAGGGCGCUGGCUUGCUCAAUCAUUUUUUUAAAUUGCAUUUCUUUUGUGAUUGUAACACUCUAGAAAACAGUAGAAUAUUCUCUCAUUUUUAUCCAUGUAGAGCGCUAUAGAAGUUGAUCGGACGCGCUCUCUGCCAUGUGCAUUCUUGCGUCCGCGCACGCCGUCGCUGCCUUGCACUUGUUGAAACCCUCACAUUUUUGGGGUUUUACUUUUGAGUGUGUGUGCCGUAGCGUCAAGGUGGCACUCAAAGCCUUCUAAAGGUAGAUCCACAGCUGACAGUCCUCGGUGUUUUCCAGGAACAUCAGGUCAUUAAGGGCACUUGAUGCUGUUGUGUGCUGAGGCUGAUGGUGAACUUCAGGUGAAAGAUGGCAAACAUGUAUGUGCAAGCAGCGGGUUAACGAUUAUUGAUGAUAGCUGUCGUUAAAACUGUCACUAUGCUCUUGGUAUCUUUGCACAGUAACAUUUCUUAGCUUGGUUAGACAUAGUUAUUUGACCGUGCUCUUUGUCUGGAUUAUUGUGAGAUAUAUCCUGUCACUAGAAGUUAUCAUACAGGUAUAUGUUUUCAGUCAUAAAUCCAGAAAACCAAAGAAAGACCCUGUGUUGAAUAGGUAGGUCUGUGUGUGGACAUGACAUAUCUGGCAAGUGCUUAAGUCUGUAGUUUGGUAGCAGUUACUUUUCUCAUUUGUUGGGCAGAUUAAACAUGUUUUGUGAAAGAUAAAGGUCUGUAAAUUCCAGGAAUUUUAUUUUGCUUUGACUGUGCACGGAUAGAGCUCUUUUUUUAUCAAAGUGGGUUUUUCAGUGGUCUGAAACCUUCCGAACGAUCCUGCAAUUCAGUCGAUGGGUCAACUCAGUGCGUUUGUACACAUAUACAAUACAUCGCUCUUGAGUUUGUCCCGGCUGUGGAUCUCAUAAUGGCUUGGAAAGUCAUUCCGUAGAGUCCUGAAAAGCAUGCAUGCAGGUGUCAUGCGAGUUCGCUCAUGCUAGAAACGUUAGCCGUUUGUACGUCUUGCCAUUGAGCCGUCCUCUCGAUGUACAGCACGCGGUCAUCUAUUUUUCAGCCAUACUCUGAAUGUAGACUCUUCAAAGAUGCAUUACUCCCUACUGUAAAUAGACAACUGCUGAACUCUGUAUAAAAUAUCCACAUCCUUUUUUGUAGGAGCAUUCAGUUAAUAGCAUAAAGGUGUUUUUAUGAACUGCAUCAGUUGUCUGUCGUGCUUUUGUUCCUUCGAGGCCUUCUAUUAAUAUAUUAAAAGCCAAAGUUGUAAAAACAUUGUAUUCUGCUACUGUGAUAUUAUAUUUUUAAAGUAUUAGAACUAUGUUGUGCUGAUGAAACCGAAUAUAUGUUCGUUUCAUACGUCAGCAGAGAAACAGUAAUAUGAAACCCCUUUUUUUUCAUUAGACAAGCAAUAACAUUCUUCAGAAACUUCAGGUCUGUUUUUUGACUAUAGCAGUUUGAUUAAUUGUAUUUCUAUACUUAAAUUUAUUAUCUGUCUGUGUUGCUGUUUUUUCCGUCAGACGCAAAGGCUUGUACCUAUAAAACUUUAGCAAUAAAUAGCAAAUAUUCCCA